AUGGAGGACGACAACUUCUUCUCCGAUGACGAGUUCGAUACCAUCCCGGACAACACUUUCCGGGAGCUGGAACAAAAUGCCAUCUCGUCCACACAGCGACAGCAGCCUGUCAGACAGGUCUCGAAGCGGCAUGCUGUGAUAUCGAGCAAUUUAGCUGGUCGUGCACAACCCGCCCGACAACAAUGGCGACCACCACGACCACAGAACAAUCCCUCAGCCCCACCACAGUCCGCACCUCCACCCAGUGCACCAGCUCCACCUUCGUCAGAUUAUGGCUUCGAGGAGGAGGAGGAUGUGAUUGACCUUGAUGAGUCCUCGAUGGUCAUCCAGCCUGGGCCGAGCUCACAACCAUGGACGAACAUUUCUUUGCGACCAACGGAUGCAGCAGCCAAUGCCCAGCGAGCCUCCAAAGCACCACUGGACGCGGGGACGGAGGCUGCUUUUGCGGCUGCAGAUGCUGAGCUGGGUGGCCAUAUGCCCGGACAAUGGGCUCAUGCACCACAUCUGCAGCCCACACCAGGUAAUGGUAUGGAUGUCUCCACAUUGCAAGCUCGUGUAGCCCAGCUCGAGACAGAACAGACACGACUACGCCAAGCAGAGCAGGAAGCACGCAAUGCUACCAUAACGAAGCAAGGAGAGAUUGCCAUUGUCCGAGCGAACCAAGACAAGGCGUCGAAGGAGUAUGAGCGCAGGAUAGCGGUCAUGCAGAAGCUACAUGCAGAAGAAGCAGCGAAGACCCGAGCCGAGCUUGAUGCUGGACGAAAAGAGCGUGAGAAGAUGGAGACGGACAAUCGCUUCUUGCAGCACGACCUAGCACAGGAGGCUGCGAGGGUCAAGAGGGUGGAUAGUGGCAAGGCCAAGGGUGUUACACCCAUUCGUGAGCGGACAACGCCGCGUAAGAAUAAACGAUCGGGUCUCGGGGACGGCUUUGACGACGACGAGGUGAGGACAGCCAGCCCAAGCAGGAGUAGAGAGAAGGCGAAGGAUGUCACGCCGAAGCAUGGGAUGAAACGCAAGCGUACGACGGACGACAGUCCUGUCGCUCCUCUGUCAUUUAAUGAGCCCGCAGCAAUCACUCAUCUGGAUAGUCAGGAGCAGCCUGGAGCAUUCGCCGAGCAACUGGGACCGGCACAACAUCUCCAUGACAAUCGCUUCGAAUUCAUGCAACGCCUGCUUAACCACAGAUCCGAAGAAGGUCACGAGCGAACAAUCGAAGCUCUGGCGAAGUACUCGUUGUCUAGCAACCCUAAGGACUCACUUUCUGCCAUCCUGAUGGGCCAGCUAGCAUACGCUGGGACAAUUGAUCGAGCCGAAUAUCUGCCUAUUCGUGUAGCCCGUGCUUCGCUGGAUGUGUGGUCACGUUGUCUGAGCGAGAAAGUAUACGAGCCGAUCUUCUUGCUUCUGGAUAUCGUUCGCUUCUCCGUGUACCUCGAGCCUGCCACCAUUAUAUCUCAGCUGAUCGAAGAUGCGCUUCCGGUCCUGAUGCGGACAGUUGAAGUCAUUGCUAAUCCAACACUGCGUGCAUCGAAAAACCCAGUCUUUGCUGCAAGUCUCGAUGCUGUAGGGCAAGAGAAGCUUAGCUACGAUCUCUGUGCUGACGAGGUCAUGGGAUUACUACUACAAAUCUGUCAAGCAGCUAGCCUGUGCGGAGAUCGCCUUGAAGCAUUCUGGAGGACUAUGGACUUUGAGUUCACCCUUCUCAUGAUGUCGAAGGCUCAGCCAAUCAUGCAAACCAGCAGUGCGUUGAAGAUGCUUGCGACUUCCGGACAGCCGACAUCCUUCGGACCUAUCAAUGCGGAUAUGCAAAAGCAGCCUAGCCAAGAGGCAGGUAUCAUUGAUCGGUUGACCACCUUGCUUAUGGAGAAGCCUGAUGUACCGAAGGAUGAGCCCCCAUAUACAGAGGUCGAGAUUGCUGACUUACGCCUCGAGAUCUUACACGUCUUGCGAGCAUUAUGCCUAACAGACCAUGGCGGCCUCCUACUGACUCAGCACCCUUACCUGAUGGGAAGGCUCGUACGCUUCCUGGAUGGUCAGAUCCACAAGCUCUACGGCCUGACACCUCCUUUGCCUUCCACUGCCAACGAGGAUGCAGAGGCGCCAACCACCGCGCACAGCCUCGUAGCCCAAACAAUCAAUACAACAACCCUCAUCUUCUACCACCUCCUCCGUACCUACGAAGACAGCCUCGACCUCACCAAAAAACUCAACAUGAUCCGCGGCGGCUGGCCGAAAAUGUUGGUGAGCAUGUCACGCAUCGCUUUUAGCGAGCAGUUGGUUCUGGAGUAUGGAAUCGAAGAUAGUGUCACGGAGGCCGCGCAUGCGAUACUGGAUAGUGUGCUUAGUCCCGAGGAAGGGGAGGCGAUUGUGGCUGCUGUUGAGACACCGAGGGGGAGUAAGGGGAGUUUGUGGGGAAUUGUUGGCGAGUUGGUGCCGACUGGGAGGGAUACGAGUCGGGAGGAGACGCAGGGGGAAGGGGAGGAUAGUGUUAUGAGUGAUGAGCCUGGGUGA